AUUUUCAACAUAAGAAAUAAAGUGGAACAUAACAAAAUGGAUAAUUGCAGAAUGUAUAUUAUGAGGAUGAUGGUGGUUUUGUUGAUUAUCUUAGUAAUUAACAUAAAUGUAAUUAGCAUAGUAGAUGCACAAAUGCUUCCACCUUGUGCUGGUGAUAAGAUGUUGCCAUGCACAGACUACCUCAAUUCCACUCAUCCACCAGACAUUUGCUGCAAUCCAAUUAAAGAAAUUUUUGAAGCAACUCACGAUUAUACAUGUUUCUGUCAAAUUUCAACUCCUGGUCUACUCGAAAGUUUUGGUGUUAAACUAGCUUUGGCUGUCAAAGUUGUUAACUCAUGUGGUGUCAAAUUCGAUCCCACCUCCUGCAAAGCCUCUGCUCCAGGUCUUUCUCCGUCAUUGAUGCAACCUCCAGCAACACGUGGAAGUGAUGGAGGAGGAGCGGGGAUGAUCACUUUUACCGGACACUACUUCAUAUUGUUCAUUUGGGCAUGUAUGUUGUUUCAUUAAGGAGAAUUUCUUGCUUGGGGACAAACUUAAAUUUUAAAAAUUUGAGAUGUAACUAAUUUAUUUAUUUAUUUAGUUUUCUUCAUUAUUGUGUGUGUGGUCAGCUAAUUUUAUUUAUAUUUGUGUGUACGUAAGACUACCUCUUCAUUAAGAUCAAGAAGUUGACAUUUUUUCUACGGGCAUCUACCUAAGCCAAAAUUGUACUAUUUGAUAUUAUUAUUUUUUCAUUAUUAUUGAAUCUGUUUCCAUGCAUUUAA